AUGAGGGUACGUGCGGAAAACAUCGGCAGCUACUUGAAAAAUAAAAGAAAGCUAGACCCCUCUUGCUUCAGUGACAUAACGCGGGGAGAGAAGGAACUUGUCUUUUUUCGGCACCGAUUGCUACUAGGCACUGCUGAGGCGGUCUUUAGAGGUAAAAGAUUUUUCCUCUCAGAAGCUUUCCAGUGUAAAACCGUUUGGGAUAAACGUUUGCUAGCACCUGCUAUUAAAAAUGCGAAUCUUGAUGAAUUGUUUCUGAAACUAGAUGAGGAAUUUAAUCAUUUUGGAAGAGCAAGUGUUGUUGAUAUUGAUGUGUUUGCUAAUGCUGUAAGAAAUGUAUCAUAUACCAGUGAAUUAGAAGACGUAAUUUAUAAAUUACAGCUGAGUGUCAAUUCUCUAAAACCCCUUCCAUCUACACAUCAUGCUGUUAUAAGAUAUUUUCUGGAGACUGAACAGUAUGAAGUUCUUCUCAAAAUUCUAAGUGACAGACUUGUUUAUGGUGUAUUUCCAGACAAUUUCUGUUUGUGUUUAAUUCUGGACACAUUUAUUAAGAAGAAGCGAAUUGCAGAUGCUGCAAGAGUGAGCUGUAUACAUAUGCAGCAAGAAGAUUGGAGCAAUCCUCUAGUGACCUCACAUGCAUUAUUUGCAUGUCAUAUGUAUGUUCAAAAUCCUGUUCCAUGGGAGGUUGAAGCAAAAAAUUCUGACAGAGAGGGCAAAGCACUAGUGGAAUAUAUCCGAUACCCAUAUUUUGAUAACAGUUCUGAAGUCCAAGACCCUCAUCUUUUGAUUGGUAAAACUCUGGUUGAUAUUGGAGCCUCAAUGUCUGAUGGUGUUGGGCAAACAUAUCGGUUGGUUGGGCUUGGCCUUUGUAGAAAGUGGGAGGAAGCAGUAUCAUUCUUGGAAGAGCUGUUCAUUGCUUCUGGCAAGUUCAGACUAUUUAGAGGAGGAGUGCAGGUAUUUAAAGAAACUUUUGCAAAAGAAUUGAAUGACAAAAAUGAUCCUGACUCAAAACUCCGGGAAAGAUUAAGAAGACUAGUGAAUAAAUUAGAUAAUCAAAGACUUGUUACAAAUUAUGACCUCCAUACUGCAAUUAUUUCUCUAGUCGAGCAGGCUGUAGCAAGAGAUGAAAAUAAUAUUAUUAAAGUCCAGGAGGCCCUGUAUAAGGAAUGGGAAAUGACAAGAGAACAACUAAUGAAGGAAGAUAUGGAAACUUCAAAGAAACCAGAAAAUCUUUCUGUAAUUCAGCAAGGAGAAGCACAGUUAAUUCAAGAGGAAAUUGACCUUUUCUUUUUUGGUAAUAGCAAAAAUAAUGAGUUGUUUUUAGAAAAGCAAGAAGUCAGCAAACAGAAAGAGAAAACUCAACAAUAAAAAGAAGUAAGAACAAAGUAAAUAUUUUUCACCAGAUGUAAAGAAUGUAUUAGGGCUGCGAAGUCUGAACAUAUUUAUUUAAACAUAUAUAAAAUAUUUAUAAAUAUUUUUACACUCUUAAUUGUUCCAAUAACUAGAAGUAAAGUUUAUACUGCAACAAAAGUGUGUUUUGUGUAGAAAAGUAUUGUAUGUUUCUGAUCAUUGCAUUCGACAACUGCUAGCUAGAUAUAUUUUUAAGGUACUAUUGUCAUUAUUUCUAACUAAAUAUCAUUAAGAACAUUUAAAAAAUGUUGCAAAAAGUUUUAAGCCUUUCUACUGGAGAACGAUGCAUGUUUGUGUCUAUAUAUAUGACUUGGUGUAAAUAAUAAAUAUAAUUAAGUUAUAGUUGCAUUUUUAAUGUAAUUUACUUUUAUUUAACUUACUACUAACCUAUUAAACUUCUAAAAUUAUUAAUAUAAACUCUUUUACAAUGUGAU